CUGCAGGUGCAAAGCUGGGGUCUGGGCUAACUGCAGCGGAGCCGAAGACAAAACACACAUUUCACGAUGGCGUCUGCAAAUGCCACAUACGGACAGAAAGAAUCCUCAGACCAGAACUUUGAUUACAUGUUUAAAAUCCUCAUCAUCGGCAACAGCAGCGUAGGAAAGACCUCCUUCCUCUUUCGCUAUGCAGACGACUCAUUCACGCCGGCCUUCGUCAGCACAGUGGGCAUCGACUUUAAGGUCAAGACCAUCUACAGGAACGAUAAGAGGAUAAAGCUGCAGAUCUGGGACACCGCUGGCCAGGAGCGCUACAGGACGAUCACCACAGCCUACUACAGGGGAGCCAUGGGCUUCAUCCUCAUGUAUGACAUCACCAAUGAGGACUCCUUCAACGCUGUUCAGGACUGGUCAACGCAGAUCAAGACAUACUCAUGGGACAAUGCCCAGGUCCUCUUGGUGGGAAACAAGUGUGAUAUGGAUGAUGAACGAGUGGUGACUACAGACAGGGGCCAGCAGCUGUCAGAGCAGCUGGGUUUCGAGCACUUUGAAACGAGUGCUAAAGACAACAUUAACGUGAAGCAGACCUUCGAGCGGCUGGUGGACAUCAUCUGCGAGAGAAUGACGGAGAGUCUGGACAACAACGACCCGACCGUAACCGGGAAUAAACAAGGGCCACAGCUCACCGAGCAGCCACAGAGGUCUCAUAAGGAUUGUGCUUGCUAAACACAACUGCACAAACGCAUACACGCACUCAUACUCUUUGUCUGCUGUCAUGAAAUCAAUACAACUUCUAAGUUAUUUUACAGUUUGUCUCUCGCUCUCAUACACACAUACACACAAACAUACAGAGGCACACAAGCUGGCUGCUGAAAUUCUGCACCCCUCACAAUUGCACCAUCCUCACGAGCUGGCUUAUCCCAAAGCUUUGGUGUUCUCAAAUUAAUAUCACCAAGAAAUCUUUUUUUCUUUUUUUAAAAAGUAAUGCAGACAAUACAUAAUAGUGCUUACUUAUUCAGAGGGGUGAAGAAUGUUUAACAGAGAAACA